AUGAUUAGAGAUAAAGAUGGCAAGAUCACUGAAGAGCUGAAGCCUGAGGAAGACUGGGAUGACGAUGAUGACAAAUUAGCUGACGGAAACUCCAAAGAUUUGAAUGCUCUAUUCAAUGUAGUGGACAAGAACAUAUUCAAACUAAUAAUCAACUACAUUGUUUCCAAAUAUGUUAAGGAGAUCUUGAAGACUUCUCAUGAAGGAAUCUCAAAGGUUAAGAUGUCAAGACUUCAAAUUUUGACCACCAAGUUUGAGAACUUAAGAAUGAAGGAGGAUGAGAGCAUCCAUGACUUUCACAUGAAUAUCAUUGAGAUAGCCAAUGUCUCAAGUGCUCUAGGGGAGAAGAUGUCAGAAGCCAAGCUGGUCAGAAAAAUCCUCAGGUUUCUUCCAAAGAGAUUUGACAUGAAGGUUACUGCCAUUGAAGAAGCUCAAGCUAUCAACAAUAUGAAAGUUGAUGAACUUAUGGGAUCCCUUCAAACCUUUGAGUUAGGAAUCAGUGAAAAGAGUUUGGCAGAAGGACCAAAACUAAAGAAAAAACCAACCAAGGAAAAGGAAUACAAUGCCAUGGAUGUGAAGGGUUUGGUUACUGCCCUAAUUAGAAUUUGUGACUCAGAUGAAGACUCUGACUGUGAAAAACUAACCUUUAAAGACCUUGCUGAAUCCUACAAAGAAUUGUGCCUGAGAAAUGAAGAAGUUUGUAAACUGGGAGAAGAUCAAAAGAAAACAAUUGCUCAACUACAGGCUGAGAAAGUGGAACAUCUUUCUAUCAUCUCUGUUCUGAAGGAGGAAGUUGUACUGCUCAAUUCAAGAAUUGACAAUAUGACUAAGUCUGUGAGAAUGCUUAACAAUAGUUCAGAUGUACUGGAUGAAAUUCUUCAAACUGGUAAGAAUGCUGGAAAUGUUCAAGGUUUAGGCUAUGGCUAUCAAGGAGGAAUGAACAAAGGAAAAGGUCCUGCAAUGAACUUUGUUCUACCCAAAGGAGAACUGAAACAACAUAUGUCAAAUUAA